AUGCAUAAAUUCGUGCUCUGUGCUUUAAUGGCUGCCGUAGCUUUUGCUGCUCCUCCGCAACAGCAAGACCCAGUCUACAUUCUCAAGCAAGAUGUAGACGUCAAUCCCGACGGCUAUCAAUUCGCGUUCGAAACCAGUGAUGGUACGUCCCGUCAGGAACAAGGCACGCUGAAGCAGAUCAGCGAAGACCACAAGGCUAUCGAGGUCCAAGGAAGCUACAAGUACCUGGCCCCUGAUGGCUUAGUCUAUACCAUCACAUACACCGCCGACGAGCAUGGCUUCCAGCCUCAGGAGCACGUUGAGCAUCCCGGACAACAAUAA